AUGUCGCACAAAGAGAAAGAGGGCAAGGUGUCGGCCAGCCUUUCGUUCUUCCUCAACCUAUUACUGGUCUACCUGCCAAAGGACAUUUGGCGAUAUUGGACGUUCAAGCCGAAGAAUGUGGAGGGAAAAACGGUGGUGAUCACGGGCGGCGGCAGCGGCAUCGGGCAGCGGAUGGCCGAGAUUUUCGCGCUCGAAAAGAAGGCCAACGUCGCGAUCCUGGACAUAGAUCUGAGGAAAGCGACAGAGGUCGCGAAUGCGAUUCAGAAACAGGGGGGUAAGGCGGAGGCUUUCCAUUGCGAUGUGACGUCAACAAAGGCGCUGGAAGUGUGUUGCAACGCAAUCAAGGAGAAGUUUAGUAAGUCAUAGUGGGUUUUCAAGGCAUUGGAGGUUGUUUCUAUGUCGAGAGGCCCGGGGGUACAACCACACGAUAAGACGAGAAGCUCGAGUUCAAGUGAUUUAUUGAGUGAAAAGCGGCCCUUAUGUAGGGAAUCCCAUGUAGGAAUAUACAAUCAAGUUUGAAUAAUAAAUGAUGAUUUCCUAUCUACUUUUAGACCAAGUGGACAUAAUCGUUUGCAACGCCGCGAUUCUUUAUUUCGCCCAUACCAUGGAGCUCACAAACGAGCAGUUACAACGCUCUUUUAAUGUGAACGUCAUGGGCGUUCUGAACGUAAGUUUAUUGAAAAAAACUUGAUCAUAGAAGUGUGUAUGGAGGUUCAUUUUGACGUAAAACUGGCUUUUGUGCGCUCAAAAAUCGUUCGUUAUACAGAGAUUUCGCCGACUUUCAAUGAACGGGGGUUCGUUGUAGAGAGAUUGUACCGUAAUUUCGGAAUUUAUAGAAAUUAGAGCAAAACCUCUGUACAACGAAACCUCUGUAUAACCAACAAUUUUUUGAGCGGACAAAAAACAAUUCUAGGCCAAAAGAAAUUGAAAAAUUUUUAACGAAAAAAUGAAUUGUGUCGCGACAAAAUCAAGUUUCUUCUCACUUCAGCGACACGAUCGGCGCAGCGACAUUGUGCUCAAUAUUUUCCCGACAGACUGAUAUUUCAUUGUUAGGAUUUUCAUAAAGUGCAUGGACAUUUCGAAAUAUCAGUCUGUCGGGAAAAUAAUGAGCACCAUGUCGCUGAGCCAAUCGAGUCGCUAAAGUGAAAAGAACUUGAUUUUGCCGCGACGCAAUUCAUUUUCUCGUUAAAAAUUUUUCAUUUUUUUGGCCUGGAAUUGCUUUUCGUCCGCUCAAAAAAUUGUUCGUUAUACAGAGGUUCAUUGUAAAAGAGCUUUGCUGUAAUUUCUAUAACUUCCGAAAUUACGGUACAGUCUCUCUACAAUGAACUCCCGUUUUCGCAUUUGCAAAUCUUUACAUUUGAUUUGAUAUUAACCCAUUUCCCCAAUUUUCAGACAAUCCGCGCCUUCCUGCCCGACUUUGAGGCCCGGAACGACGGCCAGAUCGUGUGCAUGUCCUCCAUCUGCGGCUUCUUCGGCGAGACCUACGGCAUGGCCUAUUGCCCGUCCAAGUUCGCGGUGCGCGGCAUCAUGGAGUGCAUUCGGUGCGAGAUGUUCGACCGCGGCAUGGACGGCAUCAAGUGCACCACGCUGUACCCGUUCUUCGUCCGCACGCCCAUGAUCCUGGACAUGGGAAUGCGGCCCACCUCGCGGUUCAUCCCCUUUAUGAGUGUGAACCGGUGCGCCAACGCGGCGGUUCAGGCGAUUUUGAACGAGGAAACGCAGCGAUUCAUCCCGGGAUAUAUUAGCAUCAUGGCGAUGGCCAAAAAGUAGGCGAUUUUUUUUUUGAUUUUUUGGGAAAUUUGAAUUUUUUGACAAGAAAAGUACUUCUAGGGGGUAUCGAGUUACAGGUACGAGACAUACACCAAAAAAUCAAAAAACGUUUCUGAUUCAGAAUAUGUAAAAAUUAGCUGCCCAAUUUUGGUUUGUAACGGCGAAGAACCCAUCAGAACUUUUCUCACAACACCACGCAAAUGCUUUUUUGACCAAUUCAAAAGCUUUGUUUUGAGCUAAACUAAACCCUGGCAUCUUGACAAGCCUUAGAAUAUCAAAUUUGAGCUCAACACAAAGCUUUUGAAUUGGCAAAAACUUGGUCAAAAAAGGGCUCUUGCAUGGUGUUGCGAGAAAAGUUCCGAGGGGUUUUUCGCCCUUACAAACCAAAAUUGUGCAGCUAAUUUUUACAUAUUCUGAAUCAGAAUAAAUAUGCGAUUUUUUAGUGUAUGUUUCGACCUGUCAAUCCAUACCCCAUAGCAGUAUUUUUCUUGUCAAAAAAAUUUUUUUUCGCCCCAGAUUUUUUUUAAAAUUUUUUCCCUAAUUCUCUAAAUUUUCCAGUCUGAUGGGCUAUCACUUCACCAUCCAAGCUCGCCGUUUCAUGAACUGUCGCUAUGUUCCAACAACAAUCUUGGCCAAGGUGGUGAACCCCGUCAAGAAGGCGCCUUCUUUGGCGUCCACCACCUCUUCCGGCAUCUCAAUUUCCUCGUCAAUCGAUUCGGGUACCUCCGAGUCGAUGGAAGAGGAAUUGAAGAAGCCAAUUCAACGAAGACUCAAGGCACAGCCCGAGGAGAACAAUUAUUUCGAAGCGCCCUACGUAUUCGGGGCCUUGUUGACGCUGAUUUUGCUGAUUUUCGGUAUCAUUGUCGCGUAUUUACCGGACCUAUUCAAAAUGGUGGAUAUGGGGAGAGUCAGCGAAGUCCUAUAUUUCAUUGGUAAGCAUUUUAUCCGACUUGAAAAAAACUACUUUUCAAAAAAUCGCACAGUGCAACAAAAAAUUUUGUCACUGCACUGUGCGGGAAACAGACGGCUAAAAUACGAAAUUUUUGUGUUUUCCGAUAGUAAAUUAGACUGUUUAAAAAUCACGAAACUCAUUUUCAAAAUUUUUACAUUGUGAGUGCUACUUUUUUAACUUUCAAAAUUUUCAUCGCACCGUGCAGAAACUUUUUUUAAAAUUUUGCGCACAGUGCACUAUUCACUUCAAAAAAUCGCUGAAACUUUUUUGCCAAGCCAUAUGAGAUCUAAGUGCCGUAAACGAACUAAUUAUUUUCUCCUUUUCGCCUUUUAUGACAUCAAUUAUAUUGUUCAUGUUUCAGGUACCGAAUACAACCAGUCAAUCUCGUUCAUUUUGCUUUGCGUGGCUCUCAUUCACGUUGUGGAGGCGGUUUCAUCGCUCUAUCUGUGUCAUUCCAUCGACACGACGCAUGUUUGCGCCGCGAAAUGGUUCGUUCAGACGCUGAUUAUUGGGUUCCCCUCGUUGGCGAAGCUCGUCAAACACUACAAAAAAGUGUGUCGGACAGAGGAGGAGGCUCAGUAG